CCCAUUUUUUUUUUCCAGCUGAUCAAUUUGACUGUUUCGCCUUCCAGCUCUAACAAACCUCUCUUUCUCUCUCUCUCUCUCUCUCUCUCUCUGUUUCUCCGACCGAACACACUUUCUCUGUCUCGUUUCCCUGUUUUGUUCUUCUUCCUCCAUUUCUCUGUUCUUCGGACACAAGCAGCACCCUGUGUCAUUCCCAUGGCGGCUAACGCUGUCACCUACUACUUAACAGAGCACCCGACGAUCGUUAACUUCCGUUGGAGUCCCACCCAAUCAUACGCCUCCACGUGGUCCUUCCUCUUCGCCGCCGUUGCCUUCUACAUCGCCGCCGCCGUCACCCUCCACCUCCUCCUCCGCCUCAUCUUCAUCCUCAUCCGCCGCCGCGACGGCCAUGGCAUCCCCCUCGGCCCCAUCCCCGCCGUCCACAGCCUUAUAACCGCGGUUAUAUCCGCCGUUAUCUUCCUGGGGAUCCUCCUGUCGGCCGCAGCUGAGAUCCGCGACACGCGGUGGCUGUGGCGGCGGCGGACUCGAACGACGGCGAUCGAGUGGUUCCUCUGUUUUCCGGUGGGGACGAGACCGUCGGGACGCGUAUUCUUCUGGUCCUACGUCUUCUACCUCUCGCGGUUCCUUCACCUGUUCCGUACAUUCUUCUCCGUGAUACGACGUCGUAGGCUUAGUCUCUUUCAGCUCCUCAACCAAUCUUUUCUCCUCUGUAUGUCCUUCCUCUGGCUCGAGUUCUCUCAGUCCAUCCAGGUAGUGGCGAUACUAUUGAUGACAAUGUCGAACAGCGUGGUGUACGGAUACAGGUUCUGGACGGGGAUAGGGUUACAAGGGGCGUGUUUCCCGUUCGUGGUCUACAACAAAGCCAUGUUGCUGUUAUGUUUAACGGCGUGCCAUAUUGCCGUUCCGUGUAUCCACUUGGCCAAACGCGGCGGCUGCAACGGAAUCGGCGCUUGGCUUUUCAACUCCGUUCUAAACGCCGCCAUCUCUCUCCUCUAUCUCAAGUUCUUCGUCAAAACGCGAAGCUCUCGCGUUCACAAGGCGUCGUGAAUAAGAAUUAAGAAGAAUAAUUUUUAAAAAAAGGAGCCCUGUUUGCAAUUACACACGUGGCUUUAUUUUCGUAAUUGAAGUGUUUUUCCAUUAAGAUAUCUUGCUCUUAAAAGAUUGGAGUGGAGAUAUUUCUUUCUUUUGUUGUUGUAUAUUAGGUGGUGUGUUUAUUAGCAAUUAGAGGUUCUGAAAAUUUGUACAAAUUUGCUAAUCGACUUUUGAUACAAAUUUAACCGC